UUCCCGCGCUUGAUUUAUGAAUUUUUGAAAGAGGGCUCCAUUAGAACAAUGCUGCAAGAUGCUAGUAGCCACUCGAGAUCAAUGUGUUGAGGUCAUACGAUCGAGCAAGAACCUCUCGGAUGUAAGAUUUGCUCAUAGAUGUAUGGGAAAUUCGGCAGUGUGGAGUGCUCAAGGCAGGUGUUUGACAGCAUCGAUCGAAAGGAUUUCUACUCGUGGAAUCUAUUACUGGGAGCUUAUGCCAGAAACUGCUGCGUUGCAGAAGCCAAGGCCAUCUUCGAUGCGAUGCCCAAGAGGAAUUUGGUGUCGUGGACAACGUUGCUGGAUUUGUUUGCGGAGAAUGGUCUUUUGGAGGAGGCGAAGAUCGUAUUUGAAAGAAUCCCUGCUUGGGAUGUUGUGGCCUGGACUUCGAUGCUUGUGGCAUAUGCCCAAAAUGGGCAUCUAGAAGAGACUGAAUCUCUGUUUUCAUCAAUGAAAGAGAAGAAUUUGGUUUCUUGGAAUGCAAUGCUAACAUCUUAUAGUGCAUACGGAAAUAUUCAAAGAGUUAAAGAUAUUUUUGAUAUGGCUCCUGAGUGGGAUCUCGUGUCAUGGACUGCAAUAUUAAGUGCAUAUGCCCAAAAUGGGCAUGUUGAUAGCGCUUUGAAGAUCUUUGAUACAAUGCCUGUUAAAGAUACCAUUGCUUUUACAGCCAUGCUGGCUGCGUAUGCAAGCAGCGGCAUGGUCGAUCAAACGGUUUCUAUGUUCAAAUCAAUGCCGUAUUGGAACAUUGUUGCUUGGAAUGUCAUGCUUUCUGCCUAUGCCCAACAUGGGCAUAUGAAACAUGCCGAGCAAAUUUUCAGUCUCAUGCCAGAGCAAGAUAUUAUCUCCCUUAAUGGGCUCUUGUGUGGCUACGCGAGAGAGAGGAACUUCGCCAAAGCAAAAUCUUUGUUUGAUAGUAUUCCAAGCAAAGAUUUGGUUUCAUGGAAUGCGAUGCUGGCUGCUUAUUGUUAUGGCAGCCAGCUGAAAUUUGCCACAAUGUUCUUUGCUUCAAUGCCGGACAGGGAUGUUGUCUCGUGGAACGUUUUGCUCACUGCCUUCUCUCAGCAUGGCUUGCUUGAGGACACAAGAACAGCGCUAGAUUUUGUGCCAGAUCAAGACUUAGCUUCCUCAUCAGUGAUGCUUGCUGCAUAUGGAAACAGUGGAAAGGUGGAAUUUGCCAAGCAAUAUUUUCACGAAAUGCCACUAAGAGAUGCUGCAUGCUGGAACUCCCUUCUUGCAGCAUACACUCACUCUGGUGAUUUGGUAAAUGCGAAAACUGUGUUUGAUCGGCUGCCUCACAGAAAUCUAAUCUCCUGGAAUGCUAUGCUUUCUGCUUGCUCUUCUUAUGAGGAGCUAAAGCGGUUAAAAAAACCAUCAAAGUCUUCUGCUACUCAUACCUCUUCAAGAUACAUUGUUUGGCUCUUUCAAAAGAUGAUCAUGGAUGGAUUGAUGCCAGAUGAUAUCUCCUUUGUCUCCAUUCUAAAUGGAUAUGGACAUGAAGGCAAUGUUAAAAUAGGAUGGUGGUACUUCCAGAGGAUGUUGCCUGAUUUUUUCUUGGAGCCAACAAAGCAGCACUACACUUGUGUAAUUGACCUUCUGGGACGGGCAGGCCACUUGGUAGAUGCCCACAAUCUAAUUUACAGCAUGCCUUUUGAUCCAGAUACCACAGACUGGACCUCACUCCUUGGAUCCUGUUCAAGCCACAAAAAGAAUGAGCAAUUUGGGGCAAAUGUUGCAGAGCUAGCUUUAGAGCUAGAUCCUACAAGAGCUGCUCCAUACUCUCUACUUGCCAACUUCUACUCAUAAAGAAUAAAAUUUGUAGUUCAAACUGGUCAG